GCGAACAUGAAGGGUACCAUCGUGCAGCUGACGCCCAUCAGUGAGGUUGACGAAAACAGCGAAAAGGUACAGCUGGACGAUGACGACCACCACACCAUCUUCCUGCCUGGGGCCCUCACCAUCUGCCUGCUGUACGCUAUCGAAACGGAUGGCCUGAAGCUGGGCUACGGCGGCCUGGUGGAACUAAUGGUCGAGGGCGCACGCAAGCUGCAGGAGGGCCUCGAUGACGUCCUCUUGCAUGUGUCAGAGUCGUCCUCCUCAAACUCGCCGAUCCGCCACCACUCGAUCCUGGUGGGCGAACUCGUGGUCCAGUUCGCGGUGAACUGUGAUUCAGACGUCGUGAUGACGGUGGCCUAUCGGGGGGUGAGUUUCCGGGACGUCAUGCUCAUACCCCGCAGACUGCUGACGGACGGGAACUGGAGGGCCGGUCUCACUGCGCCUGCAGUGUCCGCCAGCAUCCACAUCAGCCACAGCAAACGAGUAUUUGGUUGA